UUUGUUUGUUGUUAUAAAAUGAUAAGAAAAGUCUGUGUUGUGUAAUUUCUUUAUCAAUCCAUUGCAAUGUACCUACAUUGCAGUUUAGUUAAAGAAAUCGGUACUUAUAAAGUACGAGCAUUUUCAGAGUGUUUUAAGUAUGUAGGUACUAGGUAGGUAUACAAAGUACUUGGCAUGUGAUUAAAACGUACGAUUGAGACCCACGCUUCAAACGAUAACCAUACCUAACCCGAUUAUUGAAAAAGCGACUAUAAUUCAAUGUUUCAGAGUUUAUAGUAGAAAUAGAGGGUUAAUAUAAUCAUACCUAUUGUAAUUAUGUACGAUGAAUACGUACGUACGCUGUGUUGGUGCACUUACCGGCUACUGUUUUCCUCUCUGUCUUUAAUAAGUUAUGAAUGUUCAUUGUUCAAGUGGGACUCUGUGGGACUCAAUUUAUUUUAACCUACAAUUAUACCUACCCAGUCAUCAUACCGGUUUUUAAUGUUAGACAUUUUUAUAUUAAAAAACCAGUUAAAAACAGAAAAAUUAUAAAAGUUAAUAGCGAAAAUGUUCAUAAAUUAACGCAACCCAAAUGUAACAUUUCAAUGGACUAUACUUAAGAACUACACGAACUUAAAAAAAGAAGUCGUGAAGCUAUCACAAACAAAUCGUCAAAGGAAUCAUCCGCAAUCUUAUGCACAAUCAAGCUCUCACCACAGUCACCAGCCACUCAGCUUCAAUUACUCAGAUAAGUCGAAUGCAAAGCCGCCACAUGAUUUUGUUGUCGUGAAAAAUCCGCAAAGGCAUAGAGAACGCAACAUGGCGCCGUCUGCUCGGGCGGCCCCCAGGCAGCAAUCGCAAAGCAGACAACGCAACAGGAGCGCUGGCGGCAACGAGCUGAACUGCCCGACUUGCAGCGCGCCUUUCGGUGUCAACAUCUUUCAGUGCGGACAGGGGCAUAGCUCCUGUGUGCUCUGUAAGUCCCAAGACCGCAGCUGCGGGAUCUGCGGCAUGGCCCUCACGGAUAUGAGGAACUAUCUCCUCGAAGACUAUGUGUCACAGACGAAAGGCAACUGUCCUCAUGCGGAGGAUGGGUGUAAGCUAGUCCUGAAGGUGUCUGAUAUAGAAACGCAUAUCAGAGAAUGUCCCUUUAAGAUACAAACUUGUCCUCUUGAUCCGGAAUACGAGACCUGUGUUUGGAGCGGUAAAUUGAAGGAGCUGUCAAACCACUUCGAAAGAUACCAUCGGGAGCGCUGGCUGGAGCGAAAAGGCGACAACGUACAGGAGAUGCAGCUUAAUAACGUAGUCAGCAGCUGCAGUCAAGUGUAUCUGAUAGUUCAGGGAUUCUUCAAUUUCUUGUUCUUCUUACAAGUGUCAGAAAUAAACCGCGAAGUAUACAUGGCCGUCCAACUCAUAGGCACGAAGCACAGCGCCGAGAAAUGGAUCUACGAGAUACACCUGUAUAAUAAAAACCAAAGUCGUAAGAAAUACACUUUUACAGAUAACUGUACCUCAAACGUUGAGUGUAUUAAGGACGUGUUUGACAGCAAGCGGUGCGCGGUGUUGCCACUCGCUUAUAUAAACUCUUUUGUUAACAACGGCAGUGUUACAUUUAAAGUUUUCGUUAAAUCUCUCUAUGAACGUAAACCGCUCAAUUCUAACACAGAUUCUAAUCAGGCAGGCAGAGUUGGGAACUGAAGUCACAUGAGGGGCGCGUUUCAACCGCGUUUGUUUUUAAAUGAGACAGUUUUGGCAUAUUUUUUUAGAAGAGAAUUUUAAAUAUUAUCCCUUCUUUUUUAGUUU